CACGUUCGGACAAGUCUGGUUUGGUUCAGUCCUUGCAAUGUUUGGGAGGUUUCACUUCACUUUUUGGGAAACACUAUGAUACGGUUCUCGACGACGACGUUGUCGAUCGACACUUGGGAAUCACUUUUCCACUGGGGAAAUCACUUUACUGCUUCCGACACGGCUGUGUCUCAUUCACUGGUACGGGUUCUCGACGACGGCGUUGUCGCUCGACACUAACGACGGCGCGGCACUGACUAUACACGGACUGCACUCGCGAUACCGCGGACGCGCACUUAUUCGGAGGAAACUUCACGACUUCUUCCUUUCUCCUCGAUUGCCGAGGAAAAUUAUUUCGGAUAACUCAGGGUGAGGUUGAGCUAAAUCACGGCAGGAAUCCUGACGAUCGGGUGACCGUCCACGAAAGUUACCGGGAGCAACUUUGGAAGCAGGCUCGGUUGAGCGGAAAGGAGCAAUCGGCUGAUUGUCCACCAACUGUUGCCGGGAGCAACAGCAAACGGGAACGGAACGGAUCGAUCGGCUUGAUUGUCCACCACGGUUGUGGCUUUCCUAUCCGGUUCGAUACGGACCAAAAAAUGGUCAAUCCUAGACCAUUGGGGGAACUGGCGGAACCUUCGGUUGAAGGUGGCCUCGAUGGGUGAUAGCUCAACCUCGGAAAAUUAUUCCAACUCUUAUAGUUGGUCUUGAAAAAGACCGGUGCUUUCGGCUUCGGAUGGAGAAGGAAGAAGGCACGAGUAACUUUAAAACUACGGUUUAUUCGCGAUGUUAACUUCACAAAAUGUGGACUGAAACUGAUGCGACAACAAUCAGGUGGUCUAUAUUUAUAACAAAAAAUGUUUCUUCCUGAAAGUUCUCCGCUCGUGUGGUGGGGUAGCUGUGCUGCAAGUGGCGGCGGCGUCAACCAAUCAGCGCGAUGCAAGCUGCGGUGUCGACGGCGACACUCGCCUCGGUCCGAUGAUUGAUGACGAUGAUGAUCGGCAGGCCGCGCUGCUGCGGGAAAACAUGUUGCAACAUGUACAGCCUGUCGUCGGCUGGCUGGAAAGGUUGGAUCGUCGAGCUCCACACACACACACACAUGCACAUUUACACAAGUCUCCCUGGCGAAUACAUGGCACACAAGACGGGUAGGAAAAUGGGAUUUGGAAACAGGGGUGUAUGCAAUGGCCAGGUUCUAUUUUCGCUACUGUGGUCGCGAACACUAAGAACAAAACAUACAAAAAAACAUGCAUUUACACAUACUUUUGCUUUCAUAGCCAAUUAUGACAUAGACCUAACAACAUUUACUAAUCUAAACUGAACGAUUCGCAUCUCUUCGGGUGAAUUGAAGUCGACGAUUACCUGUUUCCGGAGAAUCGGAGUAUGAGUGCGGGAGAGAUGAGAGAUCGAUGCGAGAGCAUAUACGUACGUACAAACGAAGAAGGGGUUAACAGGACGCUGGAGAAUUGAUUGAGGGGAGUAACGAGAGGACGAUCGUAGAAGACACUACGUGCGCCGGUUAACAGGUCUCGGAUCACCCAAGAAAAACGGAUUUUGAAAUUCCGCCGACAUAACUGAAGUGUGUGUGAGCAGUAUAGUGGACGCUGAAACUGUCGUCCGGAUUCGAGCACACGUAUCGUGGACCAGUCACCGAGCUCCUGUCUGCAUAAAUAGGGAGAUCCCCUCAACAAACGAAGACCAUAUUCAGCAAAAAGUUGGCGACCCCUACGCUGGUGGCAGGCGAGCUCCUUCGUUAUCGCCUUGUCACACGUGGCGAGAGCUCGACAACCGUAGUUUUUGCGGUGAGGGCUAUUAGUAGCCCUACAUCCAAUGCGUUGUCGCUCCGUACACGAGCGUUUGGGACGUCACGAUGAAGAUUGGACCGUUUUAUACCAUGCGGUAACCUGGCCCGCCGGAGUGGAACGGACGUCGGGCUACGGCACAAUGCCCCCAACCACCUGUGAGAUAUAAGAUGUACUGAAUAAAGCUGUGAUAAAGAGAAUGAUCACAGUAGGCGAUAUAGCGCAUUUGAAUGUGAUGCGAACUGUCAAGCAGACAAUGUUAGCAUCCCUGCUUGCGUAGCAACAACUCCAGGCGUCACCCAACCGCGUUCACUUGUGAUGGUCCUAAUGAUUAUCAUCUUUUUUGUUAACUUUCUUCUUUAAACACACCGUCAUAAAAUUAUGUGUGACCAUCAUUGUAUGGUGCACCUGAAAGCACGAUAAUGCAUUUUAAGUAUUUACUGUGUAACCUAAAUGUUUUUCUCCGUUUCCAUGUUUAUUUAUUUUGUGUGUAAUCAAAGCACUUCUUUGCGACGGUAAGCCACCAUGUGUAGAAACCGUUAACUUCGAAAUAUUUCGGCAUGAGAAGCUUUGAUUGAUAUCGCGUUUCGAGUAAUGUAAAUAAAAUAGCCUACAUUAAGGCGAAUGAACCAAAUAAAUUCAAAAACGGUAAGUGAUGGAAAUUUCCAUAUAGGAAAAUUCCCUGAUGCGUAGAUUAAAAAAACCAGUGGAAAAUUACUCUCUACGACUGAUUUUAAAAGAACACAAAGGCACUAUAGAAAAAGGUAGUUACUGCGAGUUAAUAAAUAGCUCGAUCCAACUCGUCGCGCGAUCAAUUUAUCUUUUCUGGUGGAGUGUUAAAGACAACCGAGUUUUUUGAAAAAAAGUAGGAAAAAUAAUUAAAGUUGGUGCAUAAAGUGCUAAAUUCGAAGUAAGUGCGCGGAUUUUAUGUUAUAGUUCCAAAUAAUUUGAAGUUAUUUUUAACUUUUAGUAAAUUUAGUGAGUUGGUUAGCAAAAACGUUGAGAAAGCCUGAAAUUUGUGAAAGUUAAGGAUUAGAAUCAGGCCUUGCCCAUCUAACGUGGGCGGUUUAUCUAGGGCUUAUCCUAGCUGGAUUUUUCCCGAGUGCAGCCGAGACCGGAACCACCUGUGGUGCUGCGAGCUUCCGUUUGAUAGUCGACCACUUCGCGCUCGAGUGUGGUGAAUACGGUGAGCCGAGAAACCCGAACUCGUCGCGCCAAGACGUGUGGUACCGAGCUUCGCAGAACCUGCUCGAAUCUCCACCAAGCGUGAGGACGCCUCUACCUCACCCCUACCCACGAACGAGUUGGCUCAUCGGACUACGUUGGAGGAAGCAAAUCGUUCGGUCGGCUGGUUCGUCAUAUUGUGGCUCGGCUUCGAGAGACUGCUCGACUGCGAACGACGUGGAGCAGCGUAUCGACGGAAAAUUCAAGGUCAGACCUAGCUGUAAGAUACGAUUGCGCAACGUAUAAAGAAGAGUUUUUUUUGAAGAGAAUUGAAUGAGCUCGAAUGUGACGUCACACGGUCAGUAGCCAGUUGUAUUUGAUUCAGAAUCGUUCUAUGGAAUCGAAACUGACUGAAAUGAGAACUUGUAAAACUCAUUAAAUUUGCCUUUUUAAUAGUUUUUUUUUCGUUUUCUUGGUUUUUUAAAUAAAUUUUUUUAUUACUUCGAGCUUAGUAAAAACAUUCUACCAGACCGUGGCCGUUAUUUGCAGAUCAUCACCGAAUUGGAUAGAGCUCUGAAUUAACCCUUUCACUACCGCUCAGUAUUAGAGAGCUUCCAAAUAAAUUAGCAACAACAUUUUAAUUUCAUUUUUCAGAAUUUUGGAUUGAUUUGGUUUGUUUGAGUCGCGUCGUUUGGGUUCGAAUUGGUAAGAAGAGGUUCCUACUGAACUGUGAGGCCUGCCCUGAGCAGGAGUUCUCAUGCCGGGAUAUUAUCAGAGGUAACGGUCCUUCGUUUUGAAGGUGGCGCUUAAGCUGUUAUCUUGGCGAAACGGAACGGAUUGUUACAAUUUGGCGCCCAACGUGGGGCCCGAAAAGCAGUUAGUAGAUUUUUUGAAUUGGACUUUGUCCGAGAAACAUUUAGUAGAAUUUCAAAUUGGACUUUGUUGAAGCACGAUUCAUACUUGAUUUUGAAUACAUUUUGGGUUUAGUUAGGAUAAGUUGGACUUCCUUAGUUAAGUUUUUAUUGAGUUUGUUUUUUUUAGUCACUUUUCUUAGUUUAGGAUUAGGUAUUGGAAUCUGGGUUUGGUAUUGUGCUUACAACUUUCCUUUUGAAUUUUGAGUUUGAAUUUUUGUUGCCCAUCAUAAGUUUUUUUUUUUUUUUUUUUCUUUUUCAUAAACAUUAGGUAAUAAUUAUAUUCAGUCUCAGUCAAUUGUCAUAUUUUUUUUUUCUCUCUUUAUUUUUUUCCGUAUUAAUCGGUAGUGAAUUGAAAGCAAUAAGGGUGAAUUUACAGUACGGCGUUCUGGUGAUUUUUUUUUUCUUUUUUUUUGUUUAUAGUGAAAUUUUGUUUAUUAAUAUUUGUGUUUCUGAUUAUAAUUUGAAUUCAAAAUGAACUACUAUCUCAUUAACGAACAGUGUUUAGAAGAAGAUGAAGUGAAUUAUGAGUUGCGUAUUCGUGAUUAUCCGAUAGAUGGCUCGUUAGAAACACGACGUAGAGCAUUGCGUCGUUUGUUGCGAGAAAGUGAGAGUGUUGAGGUGAAGCAGACUUGGUAUUCCAUUGAAGACGAGUAUGUGGGCAUUCCGAUAAAACUACAGCAAAUCGAGUUAGCAAUCAGGAAUCGAGUUGGGGCUGGCUGUUUGUCGCGACUGGUACAUCUACACAAACGAGUUCGUAGAUAUCAUGUGAUCAGCUACGACGAACGAGAGAAGCAGAAAAUGCUGUUGAACGCUGUGUCGCAAAUGGCGCUUACCUACUUCGGUGUGAAUCUCGACGUUCUUGGACAAGCAGUACCUGUUAUGACCUUGGUUACGGGGCCGCAGGAGACGAAUGGGGGUCCUUCGGUACCAGACGGUCAUGUGUCAGGAUGGAACCGACAGGGCGAGCCUUUGAAGCAGCAGUCGAUGCAGGAGGAUUUGAUUCUGUUUUCUCCAAUGCCGGUCGACGGAUCGAAUGUGGAUUUUAGACGGCACACGUUUCCUGUGACCGGGACCCAAAAUCCGAGGUCAGAUCCAUUACCACCUAUAUUGAUACCACAAUCCCAUCAGUCCAAUACACCGAAAAUAGGGGAGGCGAAUGUGAAUCCGGACACGCCACAGUUUAAAAGUUCGAUUCAGGUGCAGUUGAGUCGUCGACCAUCCGUUCCUGUGUCUGCUCCGAUGCCGAUGAAUGCUUUCGAUGUAAAUCCAUUCGCACAUGGAUCGAAUAUCGGUGUAAAUCCGACCCAAGCCAGCAACCAACCGUCCAAUCGAAUCGAGCAUAGUUCGCCCGAGUUACGAGAUGGUUCAUCGGUAUGUGGAUCCCGAGAUAGUCCAGCGUUGCAGCGUCAAGAUCAAACUGGGAAGAAAAUAACGUUGAAUGAGUUUGUCCAUGUUUCCGAGAUAGAAACCUACAUUAAAAGCUGCAUCAGUCAAAUUCUGACUCGAGAUGUCGUUGAUAACUUGGCGGAUCGUUUCAAUACUAUCGGGUUUAAGGAGCCAGAGGUGUCCGAAAUUCCGCGUGUUUGGUCAGGAGAACCAAAUGAAAGAGGAGGAACUGCAAAAUUGCCGUUCGUUCGACCAGCACCGCCGGAUUCAACCCGGAUGCCACCAGGGGGAUCACAGUAUGUCAGUCAAAAAUGUGGGAUCACGCCAACCGGAUGGUUACCACAAUUUCAAAAUGUAUCUUCGAGUUCUAUGGUACCUCCGGUACAGCCGAUAAUGACUCCGGAGCCGUUUCCGAAUCCGUAUCGUAAACAAGACAUUUCUCUGAACCAAUCAAUACCUCAACCAACGAAUCACUCUACGUUCAUGGGUCAACCAUUGGGAGCUGGAAAUCCGUUGAGCAACAAUUUUAAUCAAACCCAAUUUUUGCGUCAGCGUUUACCUCACCAGACUUGCAACAUCAUUGAAAAGUGGCCGAAGUUCUCGGGCGAUGGCAACGCUGUUCCUGUAGUGGAUUUCCUGCGGCAAAUUGAGAUCCUUAGUCGCUCGUACCAGGUAUCUCCAGAUGAGCUAAGAAUGCAUGCUCACAUGCUGUUUAAAGGUGAUGCCUAUGUUUGGUUUACCGCUUACGACGACAAGUUGGAUUCGUGGGCCACGCUGACAACCAUGUUGAAGAUGCGGUAUGAUAAUCCCAAUAGGGAUAGAGCGAUUCGAGACGACAUGCGGAACCGAAAACAAAAGCCGAACGAAUUGUUCAGUGCCUUUUUAACUGAUAUUGAGGCCAUGUCACAAAGGUUGAUUCGUAAGAUGUCAGCUGAGGAAAAAUUCGAUUUGGUGGUGGAGAACAUGAAGAUGUCGUACAGAAGACGGUUAGCUCUACAGCCAAUUCAGUCUCUCGAUCAUUUAGCUCAGCUGUGUUAUCAGUUCGACUCUCUCGAAUCUAAUAUGUUCCUCACCAAACCGACUGCAAAACCCGCUGGACUCAAUCAAAUCUUGGCGGAGGAAGAAUUGGAGGAGUAUGAAGAAGUCUCAGAGGAGGAAGACACCGCAGUAAUGGCUGUACGACCGAAGAUAACACGGAAAAUCGCUAGCAAACCCGUGGAAUCCAAGGAUAACCAAGGAGCUGAUCAACCCUUGUGCUGGAACUGCAGAAGUCUUGGUCAUAUGUGGAGAGACUGUACGCAACGCAAAACUCUUUUCUGUCAUAUUUGUGGUCAUGGGAACACGACGGCCUACCAAUGUCCUCAAAAGCAUAAUCUCAAACCACGCGAAUCGGUAGACUCAAAAAACGAAUAAAUACGGUAGUUUCCG